AUGGCUUCGCUCGCGUCUGAGUCCGAGUCCGAGUCCGAGUCUUGCAUUAACAUUAUUUCAGUUGACGGCUACUCGAUCGACGAGAUCGUCCAGCACAUCGUCGAUGCCCGGCGCGACCGCACCGAGUCAAUCCUCAGCCUGCACUGGCCGGCCGACGCUCCGGGGGACUUAUGCGGGCGUAUCGAUAAGAAGCUAGUCAAGCUCGACCAGAUCAAGAUCCGGCGGUUUGAGUACGACUACCAGUCCGGCAUCGCUUACAUCGAUAUCAUGACAGAAACAAGCCUCCAUUUCCAGAUGCUAGUGGGCACGAGUAACUACGCUGAACUCAGUCUUGCGCGCUUUGUGGCAACGAUUCCCGACGACGCGCUUCGCCAGCGCAUUGUAGGCGAGAUCCUCAACUUCGGCACAGCUAGUAUCGAAAAGAAAGCGAAGAUCCUCAAGCAAGGCGAAUUUGCCUUCAGCUCCGUCAAGAACAAGCUUCCUUCGCUGAGAAAGGUGUGCCAGUAUAUUAAGUGCGGUGAGGGAGACAUCCAGGCCGCCAUUGUCCUCGAUGUACAGUAUCGAAAGGAAAACCGGGCUAAGGUCGCCUUGUGCGUCGCGGACGGCACCGCUGCUGGCACUUGGGUUCGCUAUUUCGACACCAUCUACGACGAAAAGCUCGUCGAGCAGCCUGAGGGCGAGGUUGGUCUGUACCUAUCUGACUUUAUCGGUCCUACCAACUUGCCUGUUUCCUUCUGUCGCCCUUCGGCCGCCGAGACUGCUGCAGGUAUACAACGCAAUCCUCAGGUCCGCCUUACGUAUGAACAACUCCGGAAAAUCUUCCUCAAGGCCCGCGCCAUUUACCAAGGAAGAUACGAGCCGCGUAAUGGUGAGGAAGAGGAGGACAACAUAUAUACCAUAAUCCAAAGUGCUAAACGGGAGCGUGAACAGGAGCGGGAGCGAUCUAAGCAGGAGUUGGAGCAGGAGAGGGAGCGAUUUAAGCAGGAGUUGGAGCAGGAGAGGGAGCGAUCUAAGCAGGAGUUGGAGCAGGAGAGGGGGCGAUCUAAGCAGGCGUUGGAGCAGGAGCGGGAGCUGAAGCAGCGAAUUGCCAUGCUGCAGGCGCAGGUGCUUCAGCUCCAGAGACAGGUCUAG